UUCGAGGCCAUGGGUGGAUGGCAAUUGUGCUAUAUUUGGAACGAAUUAUAACAUCGAUUACUGACCUAUUCAUAAAAACGACCGAAGAAAACAUUCAUUGCCAAGUUCCUCAACAACAGGGCCUGCCAUUAGCUUACGACAUCACACAGUCUGGACUUUUCUUCCUCAGCCAUUCCGCACUGCCAAUAUGAGCAGACAGCUCAACAUCAUGGUGAUGGGAAAGACCGGCAAUGGCAAAAGUACCACCGGAAACAGCAUCUUGGGCACAGACGUUUUUCAUUGCCCUCAUACAGCAAGCUCAACAACCUUUCAUGUUGACUCGGACACCAGGAAGAUACAGGGGUACAAGGUCACUGUUGUGGAUACACCAGGGAUGAGGAACAAAACUGACAUCGUUGGUGUUGUCAACUCUUCAGAGGAAGCACGCUUGGCCAUGACAUACAUGAAUCAAGCACUGUCUCGCUGCUCCAAUAAUGAAAUACACAUGUUCCUUCUGGUUCUCCCUUUUGAGUGUAAUUAUGUCGAGGAUGGGAUGGGGGUGGUGCAAGACUUGAUGUCGAAAGGAUAUGCUCCAUACAUGCUGAAUCGAACCGCAGUGCUUUUCACCCAUGGCCGGGAUUUUGAAAAGAAAUUUGGCUCGGGCCCAGGGAACUUUAAAGGGUGGUGUUCGGCACAAAAAGGUGAACUGUGAGAGCUCCUUAAAAAAGUAGACUACAGAUGUGUGCUCUUUGAAAACAUAGAUAUUGAUGAAAAAACACUGGCGUCUCAAAGACAGGUGCUUUUUGAUAUGGCAAGUGAGAUUCGCUCUCGUAUUGGUCCGUUCACUAGGACAGGUUUCAUUAACUCACUGUCGUGGUGGGACAGAUGUUACAAUUUAAGUGAGUGCAGUAUACUGUGAUGAGCUAAGUGGCUGCUCUUUACACUCACAAAGGGAUCGGAUCCGAGUACCUUCUUUGAAUAUUUUUGUUUAAGUUUAUGUCCGAAAAACUUGGCCAUACAAAAAGUUGGUUAUUGAAGUUGAAAAGUGCACUGGUGCUGUUUGCUCCUAUUUUUCAAUCAAACAAAUUAUCGUCUUGAUCUCUCUUCCUACAUGUUUACAUGUUGUUUUUCUCUUUUCUUCCCCAUACAAAUGCUCCAUGAUGUAUGCAUGUACCUCUGCUGAUUUGUAUGUUUAGUCCCAGUCAUACUUUGUGAUGGAGGAACGUAGUGUAUAAGAUGAGAAUACAUCUUUAUUGUCCAGAUCCUGGCACGUUGGUUUUGGUUUUUCACCACGUGCACACAU